CCUUGUCUCACUCUCCGUUCCUCUGAGACUGGUCAUGGGCAGAAGACGAGGGCCCACGCCCAGCAUAGGAGUUUCUGAGUCUGGCUGUUCCGCGGGAGAAUGUGAGUAGCUGAAAAGUUCUCCCUGAAAACAACAGAGGAAAGCAGUGAUCAAGGGCCUGGGGCCAACAUUCUCCCUCCCUCCAAUCACUUUGCUCCGGUUGGAAGUAAAAGACAGCAUAAGAGCGAGUCUCCAACUUAGUACCGCUGGACCUUAGGACCAGGACACGGUGCUUUUCUCAAUUCUCUUGAGCCGACUUAGACCCGCGAUCUCUCCAGCAGUGCUCCCGACCAGCAGAGCCUGCCUCUCCGGGCAGGCGCCAUGGGUUUUGAUGAUCUGCUGGAUCAGGUUGGAGGUGUGGGAAAAUUCCAGGUUAUCCAGUUUGCUUUCCUCGCCAUUCCCAUCUGUUUCACCACCCCACAGCUCCUGCUGGAGAAUUUCUCCGGGGCCAUUCCUGCCCACCGCUGUCGAAUCCCUCUCCUGGACAACCACACUGAUUCCUCUGGAGUCCUAGGGAAUCUGAGUGCAGAAGACCUGCUGAAAAUUUCCAUUCCCCUGGACCAGAACCAGGAGCUCGAGAAGUGCUUCCGGUUCUCCCAAACCCAGUGGCCACUCUUAACCGAGAAUGGGACAGGCCCACGGCCCCACGAGCCAGCCACCGAGCCCUGCGAGGACGGCUGGGUGUAUGACCAGAGCGCUUUUGCCUCCACCUUCGUGACCGAGUGGGACCUUGUGUGUGAACUGCUACCUCAGAAGGCAAUGUCUCAGUCUAUUUACAUGGCGGGGAUUCUGCUGGGAAGCAUCGUCUGUGGCCACGUUUCGGAUAGGUUCGGACGAAAGUCUGUGCUGAUCUGGGCCUAUCUGCAGCUGGGGAUGGCCAGUACCGGCGUUGCUUUCUCACCCACAUUGACUAUUUACCGCCUGCUCCGCUUCCUGUCGGCCUUUGCCUUGGCUGGGAUCAUGAUCAACACGGGGUCUCUCAUUCUGGAAUGGAUUCCAACUGUAUCCCGGGCCUUCUUCAUGAUGAUGUUUGUAGCCUGCUACAGUGUGGGCCACUUGGUGCUGGCUGGAUUCGCAUAUGCCAUCAGAGACUGGCGCAGCCUCCAGGUGGCUGUGUCUGUGCCCUUCUUUGCCAUCUUCUUGUAUUCCUGGGGGUAUGCAGAAUCCGCUCGAUGGCUCAGCGUGGCAGGGAAGCCGGGCCAAGCACUGAAGGAGCUCAGGAAAGUUGCCUGGAUAAAUGGGAAAGCAAAUGCAAAAAGCUGCCUGACAAUAGAGGUGCUGAGGUCCCUCUCGCAGGAUGAGCUGACAGCAGCGAAAUCCCAUUAUACUGUGAUCGACUUGUUCCGCCUGCCCGCCCUGCGCCGGAUCUCCUGCUGCAUCACCUUGGCAUCGUUUGCAGUCACCUUUUCCUUCUAUGGCCAGUCCUUGAACCUGCAGGACCUCGGCGGCAACGUGUUCCUGACCCAGACGCUGUUCGGCUCAGUCGACGUUCUGGCCAAGGUCGUGGCCUACGUCUUCGUGAACCACCUCAGCCGGCGCACGACUCUUUCAGUGUUCAUGGUCCUGGCUGGGCUUUCCCUCCUGGCCAACAUCUUUGUGUCUGCAGACCAGCCGGGCCUGCGCGUGGGAUUUGCUGUAAUUGGAAUUGGGUUUCUGGGAACGGCGGUCAGCUGCAUCACCCUGUGUGUGGGUGAGCUGUACCCCACUGUGCUCAGGCAGACGAGCAUCGGGCUGGACCACGUUUCGAGGCGCGUCGGAGGCAUCCUGGCCCCUCUCUGGAGAAUAAUGGGGGGACAUUUCUCACUUCUCCCCACAAUUUUCUACGGAGCCAUCCCCAUCACUGCUGGAAUAGGGGUCCUCUUCCUCCCUGAGACCCAAAACCAGCCACUGCCGGACACCAUCCAGGAUGUGGAGGACUGGAAAAGCUCCCGGCAACAGCGACUUCAAGAUCCCGAGAAGGAAGACUUCUCUGUCAAAAUCACACAGUUUUAGGCCUGUGUGCUGGUGCCAGGGAAAGGAAUGGAAAAUCAGACAGGUUCCAUCUCCUCCCCCACAUCCCGUGGUAGGGUCGGAAAUGGGGGUGGAGGGAGCCGGUGUGCCCCCUGCUCCCCAUCUCCUUGUCUUCCUCCAUCCCUCUCCUCACUCUUGGAGAAAUAUUCUCUUGCCUCUCCCUGCCUCGCUUCUCCCAAGACAUAUUCUAAUUCCCUCGUUGCUGCAGCUGUCCCAAACCUCAGCACAAAGAAAGAGACCUACCGCUCCUUAUCAGGCCUUUCCUUAAUGUCCAUCUCCCUGUCACCCCCCUUCUUUCUUCUCCCUUCCCCAUCUUCUCCCUAUAUCUCCUUCCCUCUCCCCCCAUUCCCCUGGUCUGUUUUUAUCUGGUGGGCCGUAGUGAUCACAUACUCAAGUUGGAGCUGUAAAUGGUUUUCAUUGCCAUGCUAUUGAUGUCGAUAGCGCUGAUCAGUAAAACAUGGUCCUUUCAACACU